CGACGACGAGACGAUCGUGACGCGUGUCUGUCGCAGACACGAAAACGCAUUGCAACUGUAUCCACCACGUAAGGAUCUCGAUCGACAAGCGCGUUUAAUAGUUACAUCCAUACAGAACGCGAUAAAACGAAUUAUAAUCGGUUGACCGGCUGUACGGGUGCGAUUUCGCCGCACUGCAUCUCAGACCGAACUCGAAAAGGUCUCACGCCCGGAUGCGACGCUGCCGGUGCAUCUGCAGCUGCGGUGUUAUUAUAAAUAAUAAUUUUAAUAUUAACGGUAUAAUCGCAGUGGACUGCAUCGCGACGAUGACGUGCGCGUUUCACUAAACGGUUGUCAGGUGCAGCGCGCCAACAACGACGACGCUCGCCGGCCAUCGCAUGUCGUACAUGUCGCCGAGGGACGUCGUGGGCGUCCGCGCCGCCGGCAGCAUCAGCCUGUCGCCCGGCAGUUGUAUGGAAGCUCUCAGCGAGAGUUCAGCGUCAAGCGCAGCGGCCGCGGCGGGCGGAUCCGUCACCGUGUCCGACUUCCUGCAGACCAAGCGCAGCCUGUCGUUCUCGUCCGAACAGGUUUCGUGCAUGUGUGAAGCCCUCCAGCAGUCCGGUGACGUGGACAGGCUGGCCAGGUUUCUGUGGUACCUGCCACCGAGUGAACUGCUCCGUGGCCAAGAGACCGUCCUCCGGGCCAGGGCCCUAGUGGCGUUUCACAGGAACGCAUUUCACGAGCUGUAUGCCAUACUGGAGAGCCAGAGCUUCGACUCGAGGCACCACUUGCAGCUCCAGCAAUUGUGGUUCAAGGCUCACUAUCUGGAAGCGGAAAAGAUCCGCGGCCGAUCGUUAGGCGCUGUGGACAAGUAUCGGCUGCGCAAGAAAUAUCCGCUGCCGAAGACCAUAUGGGACGGCGAGGAGACUGUGUACUGUUUCAAAGAGAAGUCGAGGAACGCACUGAAGGACUGUUACUUGAAGAACAGAUACCCAACACCGGACGAGAAACGCGAGCUGGCCCGGCGGACGGGUCUGACGCUCACGCAAGUCAGCAACUGGUUCAAGAAUCGGAGGCAGCGUGACAGGACGCCCCAGCAGCACAGUGAUUUGCUGAGUAUAGGCAGUUCCGAUAGCAGAAACUAUGAAAUGGCUGAUGUGCACGGUGUCAAGUCCAUGUGUUACCAAAGCGUGGCCUCGUCCACAGGUGGUGGGAAAAUGAGUUCUGUGGUGGCAGCCGCGGCUCUCAAGUCCGCCACGGGCACGGUGGUGGCCGGAUACCCAUCGUCCGACACGGAAAUGUUUGCGUCCGACUAUCCGUCACACCACCUCCAUCACCAUCACCAUCAUCCCCACCAACACCAUUACAGCAACAACAACAAUAACAUAAACAACAAUAACAACAAUCAUCUCAGUCUCCUUUACCACAAUCACCAUCACCAAAUGCUCCAGCCCAUACCACAAACUUCGGCCGCCUCGCAUUCAUAAUGAAUUUAUGAUUAUUAAUUAUUAUAAUAUAUAUUAUGUAUAGGUACUAGUUAGCUAUAAUUAUAGCAGUACCCUACCUUAUAAUAUUUUUUAGGUAUUAAUAGGUAUAUAUUAUGCAAAACGAAAAAUACAAAAUGGCAUAAAUUGUAUA